AGAGCAUCAGGCGCUGGACCACGACUCCCAAGAUGCAAUGUGCACUACGGGAACACGUCCUACAUCCGAUCAUGCGCAAUGAGGCGUUCCCGGGGUAGCGGGAUUUACUUCCGGCAGCGGGUGUUGGAUCAUGGCUGCCCUCCUCCGAGCCGUGCUAAGGAUGCGGGAGCCAGCUGCACAGGGAAAGUGUCUCCAAAGACUGUGGUACUGUGGUGGGCAGGAGAAUCCCAAAAGGUGGGUGGGGAAUAGGUUACCUACCUCAGAAGAGAAACCACCAGGCACAGAGACAGAGAAAUUCGUGAUGGUCUACCGUUUUAAUGCAAUCAGAGUCUUUGGGUUCUUAUCUCGGCUGAAGGUAGCACAGACAGCCAUGACAGUGGUGGCCCUGCCACCAGGCCUUUACUGGUAUUCCCAGGGUCUUAUGACUGUUGAUUCACUGUGCCUAGUGAGUGGGAUUGCUGGCUUUGCCCUGGCCAUGCUGUGCUGGAUGAGCUACUUCUUCCGGAGGCUGGUGGGCAUCCUGUACGUGAACGAGUCCGGCACCAUGCUGCGGGUAGCUCACCUGACCUUCUGGGGCUGGCGGCAGGACUCAUAUUGUCCUGUGGCGGAUGUGGUGCCCCUGACAGAAACACAGGAGAAGCCCCAGGAUGUGCUGACGUGCAUCCAGCAGUACAGUGGGAAGCAGACUUUCUACCUCAGUCUGCGCUAUGGGCGCAUUGUGGACAGAGAGCGGUUCACUCAGGUGUUUGGGACCAUGCACACACGUCAGUGAACCCAGCUUGGAGCCGGGCGACCUGGAUCUCUGGUAGGAACACCACGGCUGUGGGCAAAGGUGAAGCAGGGAAUCUCAGGUGCCCUGGAAAUUCAUCUGUUGGGAAAUUCAUAAGACAGAAGGUGAUAACCAAUUUUAGGAAAAAGAUGCCUGAUAUUCAGGCAGAAGUUUCUCAAGAGGCAAUUCUUGGAUGAAGCUGAGACUACUACGAAAUUGGAAGGCAGUGGCUGUGGCAGGGAAGCAGAGGAACUGGAGUCAGCCCCUCGGCUGGGGCAGAGUGUGUUGUCUGAACCUUGGUUUCCACAUCUGUAAAAUGCAUAGUCCUGCAUGACUUGGGGUAUAAGUGUGAAAAUAAACAGUGCACAGCAGGCUGCCAUGUGGCUCAGAGGUUGAACAUUUGUCCUGCUUGUGAAAGACCUGGGUUCCAUCCCUACCCUGCAGAACAGUGACUGCCAAGGGCUUUGUCCAGUCAGCAGCUGGAAAGUGAUCAUUGUUCACAGCAUGGUGGGAGGCUUCUAGGCAGUGAGUGGAGAUUUCCAGAGCUGUGCUGUACCUUGUUAUAUCCACAGCAGCACGGGACUGGGACGAGCUGACUCUUGACAUUGCGUUAGGGUAGUAACUGCCUGCUGACUGGGGCAGUUCACAGGAGCACAAAACGCCAGCGGAGAACCAGGCAGUGUCACAUUUGAAGGCUUUGCGGCAUAAUCCAGGCAGAACUGAUUCAAUGUCAUGCAUCACCAAGUUAAAGGUGACUGUGUAUGUUGCUUCUCACAGUUAAUAUUUAUUAUAUACAUCUAGAAAAAAGUUAUGAUCUUUAUAGUUUUUGCCACUUAGCACAAUUUUUGUUUGUUUAUUUAAGACAGGAUUUCGUUAUAUAGUGCAGACUGGCCUCAAAUUCGUGGUGAUCCUCCUGCCUCAAUUUCCUGAGUGCUGGAAUUACAGGCAUGCACCACUAUGGCCAGCAUUUUUUGCCACUCAGAAGUCAGUAAGUGUUAUAUAACUUUCUAGGCAUGUAUUGUUGGAUUUUUUUAUUCUUUGUUUUUUAAAAUUUUUCAUCAGUCAUUUAUUGUAAUAAAAUUUGUAUAACAAAAAUAUUCUUUUAACCAUUAAAAAUGUACAGUUCAAGCACGUCAAGUACAUUUAUAAUGUACAACUGUUACCACUAUUCAUUUCUGAAACCCAAACCGAUGCCUAUCUCCUGCCUAUCUCAAAACAAAAAGGGCUGGGCUAUAGAUCAAUAUUAGAGCACUCUUGGGUUUAUUCCUCAGUACCAGAACAAAUAAAUAAAACCAAUAAACACAUAAAA